UCUUUCAGAUUUCUCGAUUCAGUCGCGUUGGUACCGUGCAGUACUGACGGUACUUCAUACCCAUAUACGAAACAAAGUGAAACUCUUUUGUACACGCGCUAGUAUUUAGGUUAUGAUUUCUUUUUGAAGUGCGCCAAAAUGAAAACGUAAUAUUGUAUUUUAUUGGGGCGGGAAAUGCGUUUUUGGACAGUAGUACCACAUGUGAACGUGAUUGUUAUUGGAUAAUACGUAUUGUUGUUGUUCAUUGCUGAUAAUAUACACUGUUGGAUAUAAAAGGAAAUUAAAGAUACAGGAAUGAGCGAAUACGAACGAAUACGAAGGGCCUGCCUAAAACGCGGCGAACUUUGGGAAGAUCCAGACUUUCCAGCCACACAGGCUUCCGUAUUUUACCAUCAGACGCCCCCCUUUCAAUUCGCAUGGAAAAGACCUACGGAUUUAUGCCCUAGACCAGGAUUUAUUCAAGAUGGACCUGCGCAGUUCGAUAUUAGUCCAGGAAAAAUGGGGGACCGAUGGCUUGUAUCCUGCCUUGGAGUUCUUUAUCUUAAUAAAGGCCUUUUCUAUCGGGUGGUACCAGCAGAUCAGUCCUUUAGCGGCGAUCAGUACUGCGGAGUAUUUCGAUUUAGGUUAUGGUGGUGCGGAGAAUGGACGGAGGUUCUUGUAGACGACCGUUUGCCAACAGUCCACGGACGUCUGGCAUUUCUACAAUCAGAAGAAACCGAUUAUUACUGGCCUGGACUAUUGGAAAAAGCUUACGCAAAGUUACAUGGUUCAUACGAGGCCCUGAAAUACGGAACGCUAUUGGACGGUUUGGCUGAUCUCACCGGGGGAAUCACGGAAAGUAUACCGAUUUCAGAGGAUGCCGCUUCGUGUUCAAGAUUACUUCAUAAAUUAUUAGACAUGACCUCGAUCAUUACAUGCGCGGUGCAACCGCCCAACCAAGUGAGGUCUUUAACGGAGAAAUUGGCCAAUGGCAUUCACACUGGGGUUAAUUAUCGGAUAUAUGCUAUAGAUAGGGUAGAAACGUUCACUAACGAAACCGUACAAUUAAUAAAGUUAAGAAACCCAUUGGGGUUAGCUAGUGAAUACGUUGGCCCGAUGUGUUUGGAUUCACCCGAAUGGUCCGAAUUACCUCCUCAAGAAUACGAACGGUUACAUGCAAAAUAUAACGAAGAAGAGUUUUGGAUGACUUAUGGGGAAUUUUUGCAGACUUUCACACAUUUGGAAAUUGUGCAUUUGGAUAUUGAUACUAGUCGAGAUGAACCAAGUUUGCACAAUAAAAACACUUGGCAAAUGCGACUAUAUCAAGGAAACUGGCAAAAAGGGGUGACCGCAGGAGGCUGCCGAAAUAAUCCAGACACUUUCCACAUAAAUCCGCAGUUGCAUUUGCUCCUCAGCGAAAUGGAAGAAGUGGUGGUCUCGCUCAAUCAACACAGUAUUAUGGAACCCAAAGUGAUCGGUUUUACGGCGUAUGGUUUACCUAAAAGCAAUACGGAUACUAUUGGGAAGGCGUUUUUUAAGAAGAACAAGUCGAUGUUUAACUCUCAAUAUACGAACAGCCGGCAAGUGAGCCAUAGGUGCCAACUUGAGCAAGGAGGUUACCUUAUUAUUCCGACCACCUUCGAACCGGGACAAGAAUCCGCUUUUACAUUAAGGGUGUAUUCUAGCAAACCGUUGAAACUUAAACUGGUUGAUACAGUACCCUUCCUAGUUAAAUCGGCAAUAGUAAAGGCCCCGCCCCUUCUCGACGGUAAAAGUUUCAGCCAAUAUGAAGCGGUUUUCUUACAAUUAGCGGACGAACAUCGCACCGUCAAUGCGUUCGAAUUGCAAGAACUGUUGGACGCAUGUUUGCCGAACGAUUACAUCAAGAGUUGCGCCUCGAUUGAAGUUUGCCGACAAAUUAUUUUUACGUUUGAGAAUUCUGGUAGCGGACGUUUAAAAUUCACGGAUUUCAAAGAUUUAAUGUGCAGUCUAAAGUUCUGGCAAACCGCCUUUAAGAACCACACGAAAGAGAAAACUGGAAUUUUGAAAGCUGAACGGUUUAGAGACGCCUUAUUGGAGGUCGGAUUUCAGUUGAGCAGCGACGUCCUCACUACGUUAAUUUUAAGGUAUAUGAGAAAAGAUGGCACAUUAAGGUUUGGAGAUUUCGUAUCGGCCAUUCUGCAUUUAACUGUUUCCUUCAAUAUUUUCGAGGGUAAAGAUCCCCUGCAAAAUGGCACCAUUAAACUAAACUUAUCUGAGUGGUUGAAAUCGUCUCUGAGCUGCUAGUCAUCACGGUUGUUUCAAAUAAACAAUGUAAAAUACUCAUAUUUGUACAUAUUCUUGUGAAUAAUUAUUGUUUAAGUACUUUGUUUAUAUGUUGUACAAUAUUAUGAAGAAAUUAACAUAUAAGUUUAAACACUUUUUUUGUACCUCAAAAUUACUUAAAAAUAUAUUUUUUUUAAAUUUAGAUAUAAUAAAACCAAGGAUCCACACAAAA